AUGGCGGGUCGACAGGCUUCGUUUUUUACCACGCUGUUUUUUAUUUCUUUCGUGUUCCGUGAAAUUGCCAGUCAGCAAUGUCACGGAGUAAACUCGAUUUAUCAAAUGAUGCUUAAGGGCCAUACCUAUAAGACGUUCAAGACUACACCAGGUACGCCGGAAUGCAGAGAUAUAUGUCUCGCUGAUGAAAGAUGUCAAAGUUUUAAUGUCGUCAUGUUCAUUGCAAUAUGUGAGUUAAACAACCGAACUAAAGAGGCCAGACCAGAGGACUUUGUCAUCGACGAGUACAGAUAUUAUAUGGCAAAAGGUCCAAAACGGGGUAAUUGAACUUGAUUACGUUUAUGGAAUUUGCGCUACUAGCUACUGAUGUUUCUAACUUUUAUCUAGCCGAUGUGUAAUUUUGAAUUUUAGUUCCCUUGGGAUCAAUCCGUGAGCUGCCUGCUGAAUCGUGCGAGGAAAUCAAGGCGAGUGAAAGAGGACAAGCAAAAAGCGGUAAUUAUUGGUUGGAUUCUACAAGAUCUGGGAACUCUAUUUUAGCUCGUUGCGACUUGAAGACAAAAGGUUAGUACAACAAACAUUCAAUGCCUAUUUGCCUCUGUGCUAAUGAAAGGCCUUCUCUUAAUCAAUUUUCUUUUUAACUAGUUGCAGACAAUUGUGUCAAGCACCAAUGCCAAAACGAUGCAAAGUGUGUGAACCGUGAAACCAACUACUCGUGCGCAUGUAACUCAUCUGGUUGGACAGGAAAAUAUUGUGAAAAAGGUUUUUCUUUUGUUGAAAAAGUUUCUGCUGAAGUUCAUGCUGAACAAAUUCGAUGAAGGAACUUCAUUAAACUAACAUAUGCUAAUCCGUAGAUAUCAACGAAUGUAAGGAAGGCCGGCAUGGUUGUCAUGUAAAUGCCAUUUGUGGAAACACUGAGGGCUCCUACAACUGUACAUGCAAACCGGGAUUUACUGGAGACGGAAGAAACAGCUGCAAAGGUAAGGUUGUUAUUGUCAUUUUCAUUAUCAUUAUCAUUAUCAUCCGAUUAGAAUCCUUUUCGGCCCCUUUGCCUCGCCUUCACCUAAUGUUUUGUUUGAGUCACGCACAGAUAGGAAAAUAUUGUGAAAAGUUUUUAUUUUGUUGAAAAAGUUUCGGCUAAACUUCAUGCUGAACAAAUAACAUGAAGGUACAACAUUAAAUUAACAUAUGCUUAUCCAUAGAUAUCAACGAAUGUAAGGAAGGCCUGCAUGGUUGUCAUGUAAAUGCCAUUUGUGAAAACACUGAGGGCUCUUACAACUGUAAAUGCAAACCGGGACUUAAUGGAGACGGACAAAACAGCUGCAAAGGUAAGGUUGUUAUUGUCAUUUUCAUUAUCAUUAUCACUAUCAUCCGAUUAGAAUCCUUUACGGCCCCUUUGCCUCGCCUUCACCUAAUGUUUUGUUUGAGUCAUGCACAGAUAGGAAAAUAUUGUCAAAAAGGUUUUUAUUUUGUUGAAAAAGUUUCUGCUAAAGUUCUUGUUGAACAAGUAGAUGAAGGAACGACAUUAAAUAACAUAUGCUUAUCCAUAGAUAUCAACGAAUGUAAGGAAGGCCUGCAUGGUUGUCAUGUAAAUGCCAUUUGUAACAACACUGAGGGCUCUUAUAACUGUACAUGCAAACCGGGAUUUAUCGGAGACGGACAAAACAGCUGCAGAGGUAAGGUUGUUAUUGUCAUUUCCAUUAUCAUCAUCAUUAUCAUCCGAAUAGAAUCCUUUACGGUCUCCUUUGCCUCGCCUUCGCUUAAUGUUGGGCAAAGGGGGCCGUAAAGGGAUCUGAGAGGGAGGACAUUCAAUUUCUAUUUUAAUCCUCUUAUGAGAAUGUAAGUCUAAAAUUCACAUAAAAACGUUGUUCAGCAUUGCGAUACAUAAUUGAUAUUGAAAAGUUGUUAGAUUACUUAUCAAAGCGCGUUGACUUAACGAAAAGAAAUGGUGUGGGUCACAUGACAUUCAUGGAUUUUACGCUUCUUGUUACUAACGUGUAGUAUUCUUAUCCUUUCCAACCAUCUCAGCAUGAUUCGCACCCAAUGUCUUUACUAGUCAUUUCAUAUUGCUCUAGAUAGGGAAGAAAAAUAACAAAAACAGGCGGGUAAAGACAAGCCUCACCGUUAGAAUGUAGGCCUGUUAGUAUGACAGAAAAUAAUAGUUUUUAAAGAAAAAGUUGUGAGGCUACUUAUAAAAGCGCGUUAAGGUGACGCAAAGAAAUUGUGUGGGUCACCUGACGUUCACGAAUUUUACGCUGCUUGUUAGUAACGUUUAGUAUUCUUAUCUUUUUCAAUUACCAGCAUGAUCCGCACUCAAAGUCGUUACUAGUUAUUUCAUUUUGUUCUAUAUAGGGAAGAAAAACAAUAAACACAGCUAAAGAUAAGCCUUACUGUUUAUUUCAUUUACUCCUAUUUAGAAUGUGGGCCUGUUGGUGUGACAGACAAUAAUGUCAUUACAGAUGCCAGAUUUACAGCGACCAGUGUUUACAGUAGUUCUCACUAUCCAUACUAUGGCCGACUGCACGAAACCAGGGGAAACGGAGGGUGGUGUCCUCGGAGCACAACUGAUAGAACAGACUAUCUUCAAGUUGAUAUGGGCGUAGUGCGUUCUGUUUGUGCUGUGGCCACACAAGGAGAAUUGGCGAGCGAUGAAUGGACCACUAGCUACAGACUACAAUUAUCUACAAACAAUAUAACUUGGAACACUUACAACGAAACGAAUAUUGAAAAGGUAUGGAGAGAACUGUUAUUGACAUUUUAAUAUCAGCAAUUAAAAAAGAGUUUGAAGCCAAUGCAAAUAAUCAGCAAACAGAAAUACAAUUAGAUGCUGAAUUUGGAUGUGUAACUCCAUUGGCUACUGCAGCAGAAAAUGUCGUCGGAGAUGACAAGCUUGUGUAGUAUGACGAGUUUGCUUGAAAAUUCUAAAAGGCGUCUGAUGCGUCUUUUAUGGAAUGGUUCAAAGACUUAAGAAAGUGUAGUUUAUCUAUUCUUUCGGUGCUGCAUGAGGUCGAAGAGAUUUAGAAAUUAGCCGCGCAAUGUACUGCUAAGACUUUUCCAUCCAGGAUAUUUUAACUAAAGCAUUUCGCAUGAAAUUGUUUUCCCGAUUUCGUGAGACAGGAAGUCUCCGUUCCGUCUCUUAUUCUGUCCCUAACCUUGUCUUUGUCGUGGAUUCAUAUGACUUUGUUUCGUUUUUGUUUUUUUGUUUUGUUUCGUUUUUUUGUUCGUAAAUCAUGAUAGUGACAUAAUAUGUGCAUGCUGCAAACAAUAGCUUAAAUGUUAGCAACAUUUAUAUCCGGGAAAAGACUCAACAACAGCCGUCUUGCAGCUCAAUAAAGGAAAAAAUCGUGUCACCUUGACCAUCUACCUCUGGCUAUCGGAUGAUGAGUAAUAAAAAAAUCCAUAAUAAAAAAAGGAUGAAAAAAGUGACGGAAAAAUGAACACCGUUUGGAAAGGCUGGGCCGCAAUGCAAUAGAAGACAAGUUGCGUGAGAGAUAUGAGCAGUUAAGACCUGUUCAAAUGGCCCCCACACCUCCCCUCCCCCUCCUCCCAGCGCCUCCUUACUUAACUGUAUAUAGAAUUGGUGCACCAUACCAAGUUGUUCAAUUUCUUUGUUUUGUUUUGUUUUUUGGUUUUUUCACAGGUGUUCACAGGAAACUCAGAUCGGACCAGUAUCGUGAAGCAUUCACUCAGAACUGACUUCAAAGCCAGAUACGUUCGGUUUUAUCCUGUAACAUACCAUAAUUGGCCAUGUUUGAGAGUUGAAAUAUUUGAGCUUAAGUAAUACGUUAAAGGGUUCGUAUAAGUGUAGACAUUUAUUAACACAAAAACAGGAGAAAAACUGACGAACCUCUCCUCUGACCAACAUAAGGGCUGACACUCGAAAAGUCAACGCCAACCUAUCAUUUUGACCGCAUUUAACAUAAAUUCUCUAACCUCGUGUUCUAUUUCAAUGCCAAUAAUUCACACAGUUUUGUUUUUUCAUUUUAUCAUCAUUAUUUGUUUUUCUUAUUUUGCACAACACAAGUUAUUUAAUAAAGUUGCCGGUCAUCUUAGGGGAAGAUUGGUGUGCACCCCUGCACCUUCCCUUAGAUCCGCCCCUGGCUACAUUCAUUUCGUUCUUAUUCAGAAUAAAGGUAAAAUGGAAAAUGUAUUCCAGAUCUCCACUGAAAGAUAUGUGAGCUCACUGUUGCUUCUUCAUUAAGCGUUAUGAUUAGCUGCUAUCGGUGUUAGUUUUCUUUUCUGAUAAGUUAAUGCUUUGUGAAAAUAAAAUUUAGAGAUACUGUAGAAUCGAGAUUCCUGAGGCAUGGAUACCUGCAACUUAAAAACAGAGUACUCAUCCAAAAACAAAGCAGAUCUGUAGGAGAACAACAUCAACCCGUCAAACAUGCGUGAACCAAUAGGAGUAUGCUAAAACAAACCAAGAGCAGCUCCCUAUGCCACAUUAAUAGCCAUGGGUGACUAUUCAACGUCACUACAUAGUGAAGAAAAGUAGUAAAGCUGUCGCACGAACGCGAUUUACAGAUGAUAGUUUGACUCCUAAAAUGAUAGAUUCGCUUUUUAAGGAGAAAAAAGUUUUCAUGUCCACUUAGUACUUAGGAUCUGUUUUUCAAGCACUCGCUGCUAUUAAUUGCUGAAUCCACCAAAAUGAUCUUUAAACCUCUUUGGUAUUUGAUUCAUGAAAUGAAAGAUAAAUUAAUCGCAUCAGAUAAUUUAUUUGAACUGUUACACAGACACCGGUGUGUUAUCUAGUUAAGAAGGAAUUAAAGUUGCAAUAAACAACAGUAAUUCAACUUCUAUGAUUUUUUUUGUGUGUCCCACUCACAAAAGAAUUUGAAAAAAAAGGCAUAGUAACGGUUACUACGCCUUUUUUUUCAAAUUCCAGUCGAACCACAACAGCUUCGAUGGAAAACAAUCGUCAAGUUUGAUCGUGAUACAAAACUUGAUCGGCGAUCACUGACAUUCUGACAACGCCCCCCUCACCCCAACCCCAGUAAGGUAGAUUUUCAUUCCUCCAACAGUCAGCAGAAUAGGGUGCGCAUUCGUUUCCAUCUCGUGGUGGCCCUUAUGUUGCGCAGCUUAUUCCUUUGCUAAGAAAGCAAAAUAUCACUACUUUUUCUUCCUUAGUACAGGUUAUGGAAGAUUUAAUGAGAUUCAAAAAGUGUGAGUGUAGAUUCGAGUAGAUUCAAAGGCGUGCGUCUCACGAAAGGUAUUGAUAAACAUUAACCUUAAUUCUUGUGAAAACAAUUUCUCGACUCCAUCGGCAAACCAAAAGAUUACAGUAUAAUUUUGACAGACUUAGCGACUAGGGACCAAGUGAUUGAAAGGCAACUACUGUGCAUUAAGCUUAUUCCCUCUAGAUGGAAAAGUCUUGGUUUAAACCCGAUCCAGGUCAUAACUUGUGUGUUAUGUCUUGUGUUUCUAGAUAAAAUUUCGUUACUAAGUCACACAACGCGCCCCCGACCCAGGUCGGUUGAUAUCAUGGGGAGAGAGAAACUGUCCGGGAAGCUUCACGGAAUACGGGAGGCUAAAUAUGAUACAUUAGCGAACUGUACUGAAGAAUUCUUCAGGCUAGGAAUCUUUACCAUACAGUCUGUCUCACUAUUAAAUUGAUCGCCCCCCUUCAAUCCAAUCAAUAACUUUUAAAAAGCAGAUCAUACUAGACAACCGAGACAAACGUAGCGUCUCUUAUUUAUGACGUCUUUCUAGCUAUCAAAUAACGGUCUGGCUUACUGACCUUAAUCUAAAUUUAAAUUUAGGCAGUUUGAGGUUACCGUAACAUGCUACAAAAGCUGCUUUCGAGGAAGUUCGAUCAUUCAGCUCUCGUAAUAUCUCUUAAAGAGCAUACUUUCCCGAUGAGCCCCGGCACAGUUCUAAGCGUUUUCUGUUUGCUUCUUUACUUCGCUGGAUUCAUUCGAAACGAGUCUAAAUUCAAUGAGUAUGAACGAAGGUUGAAAACUGUUGAGGAAUUCAUACCUCAAGAUAAAAUGACACAAGCGAGGACGGAUUUCCCUCCCUCUGAACAAGGUAAUGUCCGACUGUCUUUAUUUCAAUUGCUACAUGGUUGUCUGUUAUGUGGCUGGUCGUGCUCCUUUAAAGUUAUUUAUGUAAGUUGCAAGUUACUCUAAACUGUUAGGGAUUUAAGCUUUUGAUAAAAAGUACUCAAGAGCUAAUGGUCAUGUCUUCCGACUUCCGUUUUAGCACAACAGAUAUGAACGAGACUUAUUUGUCUUAUUUUCUUUUCACUGAGAUAUCAACAUUACCGUAUAUCUAACGACGUAGAUUCAAAGCUAACGAUAUGGACGACUCUUGUUUUACAUGAUGUCCAUUCUCUCGUUUUCUUUACAAAAUAAUUUGGAGACUUGCCAAGGAGUAAAACGCAGAGGUUUUCAAGGUAAACAAUACGCUCUUUUUAAAUGGCGACAUUAAAAUCGAUGUGUUGCCCACUUCUAGGUCAACAAGAAACAAAAGCCUUCUCCUUAAGUCUCUUGGUGAGCAAGAAGGCAAAUCUCUUCGUCGAGACUCUUGUAAACCUAAGCCUUAAAAUAUUGAUUUAACCUCUCCUCAUGCUCGAAAUGAUAAUAUUUGUGGAGAAAUCAAAUCAAGAGAUAAACACGAGCCAUUUGACGAGGGGUUAAAUUUAAAUUUCUCUAACGUCACUUUUGAUAACUGGAAAAGAUUUCUGUCCUCGCUACGGUCAAAUUGUCCUUUCCUUCUUGUGUUUGCAGUUGAACUUGGAUCUUUAUCGUGUUAUUUGAGAUGGCAAUGAAGGGUCUAAUUAGGUUACUCUCCUUUUUUAUUGAUAUAUUUGAUACAUUUUCAGUCAUACAAACCACCUCGGCCGAGCUUGAAAUCCAUCGACUGAAGCGUAGUAUUUCACAUCCACCCCCUUUAAAUAAGUCGGCUGAGAUGAGGAAAAUGAUAGAGGACAUCGUUUAUUCCGCUUGGAAGAUUUGCCCCAACAAAGCUGGUCUGAAUGUUUGUCCUCGUGGCCGGCCGGGACCUCCAGGGAGAGCUGGACCCAAAGGUGACAAGGGAAGAAAAGGAAGAAAAGGAUCCCAGGGAAGCAUGGGACCACCGGGAAGAAGCGGAAAACAAGGAACCAUGGGACCACCGGGGAUAAGAGGACAGAAUGGAAUAAAAGGAGACAUCGGGCCACCGGGUAUCCCUGGUAUCCCAGGGACUAAAGGUGAACCUGGAGAGUCCAUCUCAACCCCAAAAGUAACAAUUUCUCCACCGAAACUAGUCGUCAACGAAAGCAAAAUAGCCUCGUUCUUAUGCUCUGCUUCGGGAAACCCUGCGGCUCAAAUGUUCUGGUCGAAGAUCAAUGGAUCUUUUCAAAGCAACAGGAUCAAAGUGACGUCAAAUGGUCUGAUGCAGAUCUCUGGUGUCCGGAUGGAAGAUGCAGGCGCCUACAAAUGCAUAGCGCGAAAUAUUCUUGGAGAGGAUGAAAAAACUGCCAUUCUCGUCGUUCAGAGUAGGUCUAAAUAUUCCAUCUUACGUCCACGUGAUUCCUACGCCUCUGAAGUUUGAAAAAAAUUGUCUUUUAUUGACGUUUUUCCUUGGGCAGCUCGAGGGAUACAAAAUUCUGGGGUUCAACAGUUUAUAAAAUUUUAAAGUUGUUGUGAGCAAAAUAUUAGAAUCAGAUAAAACUUAAAAAAAUAAAGCUCUAAAGAUGGACAAGAUUUUAGUAUGGGAGCCACACAAGCGACAGUAGCUAUCUUAAUUCUAUAUAAUAAUGUUUAUCCCAUUCAUAUACAGGUAAACCUACCAUUUCACUCUCCUUCGGUCCAACGUAUGUAGAGAAGGGCAAGAACGUCACUUUACCAAAAUGUCAUGUGACAAGUUUUCCUCCGGCAAUCAUCACGUGGUCUAAAGGGCGCGGUGAACUUGCGCAUUCCAGAACAGUUGUGAAGGCGGAGAGCUGUCAAUUAUCAGUGCUCAAAAUGAAGAUUCUUAUUUGUAUGAAUGCAAAGCCUCCAAUAUUCUAGGCCAUGACUCAGCUUUGACAAAUCUUGUUGUCUGGGAUCUGCCCCGUUUUACAGUCAAUCCACCUGCAAAGGUUGAUGUAGGAAAAGACAGAAAUAUUUCAGUUCCUUGUCAGGCCGCUGGUGACCCUCAACCAAUAAUCACGUGGGUUAAAGAGAACGGUGAUUUGCCAGUCGGAAGAUCGCAAGUCAGUGUGGAUGGAACACUUCAGAUAUGGAAUAUUAAGGAUGAAGACUCGGGCAUAUAUAUCUGUACAGCCACAUCAGCACAACUGUUCAAAACGUCUUCUUCAAUGCAACUGACCCUUAGGAAAGGUAAGGAAUGGCUUUAUUCAACAUUUUAUUUGUUACACAAAGAUCUAUAAAUUCCUUCAAGAAUUAAGACAAACCUUAAGAAAUAUAUGUUACAGGUCACAGUGACUGUAUUCUGGGCGGAUUUCAUAAUCAGAGUCUAGCGUUGGGUUAUUUGACUACGAGGAGUUUAUGGAAAAUGAUUUAUCAGUUUGGUUGUAAUAUUCUUGCCUUAAAGACUCCUAUCAAGUAUACGAAUGGUGAUUGGUUGGUUUGAAGCAUCUGGAAAGUUUUUGGGAAAAGAUUUCAACCUAGAGCAAUAUUCUGCAAAGUUUCAGCUCACUAGAAUUACAUCUGAAAUGUUUUGGAGAAAAUUAUUUUAAAAUAGGGUAAUAUCCUGCAGAUUUUUAGCUCGUCAGAAUUGGGUUUAUGUGUUUUAUAACUACGGUAUUAAUAAACCAUAGCUUGCACAGCUUUUAAGGCAAGCAAUUAAACAUUUUGAUGAUUGCAGCGGAUUGAAUAUAAAUUAAUUCCUUGGGCUGUUUUGUCCUUUUUUUAGUUUUUCUUGUUACUUAACCCAAACAUUAAAGUUAUUAAAUCAGUAUCAGCUGGCAAUUGCUCGUUAAAUUUCCUAUCGGCUCAACUACCUCGUUAAUGCAUUAAAGUUAAUAUUUACUACGAUUUUAUUCCCGACAGAGGAACCUGAUAUUUUCGAAAAUUGAAAGGCAAUGAGAGAAAAGGAACAUUGAUAAAAUCCAAGAAAGCAAGCAAAGAAACAAACAGACAAACAAUAAAAGGGCAAGGAAAAAAGAGUUUAUUUGAUUCAGGAAUCUACUUUCGUUAAUUUUUAUGCUCAUGCAAGGCCCUGUAUUACUUAUAUUUAUUUAGUAUGUAAGUCAGUUGGUGUGGUGGACAGGAACAGAAUACCAGAUGCUAGAAUGAGAGCGAGCAGUUUUUUCAGUACAGACUAUUAUCCAUACUAUGGCCGACUCCAUGAAAAUAGUAGGAGGGGAGCGUGGUGUGCAAAGACUAACUCUGUUGGAACAGAGUAUCUUCAAGUUGAUUUGGGUACAGUGCUCGAUGUUUGUGCUUCGGCCACACAAGGAAACCAGAAAGAAGGUCAGCGAACCACCACCUACAAAGUUCACAUGUCCACAGACGGUAUAAACUGGAACACUUACAAAGAAAAAAAAUAUUGAAAAGGUAUGGAAAGAGUAGUGCCGUAAUGAUUCGAUUUGGCGUCCGCUAUUCCAAUUGGGGACCCUAUUCUGUUUUGAUGAUAGCGCUGUUAAAGUACAUUUCCAUUAAGAUUUGUCAUGGUUCAUACUCCUUUGAUUGCUUACUGAAAGCUUUAUUACAAAAACAGUGGUCUUCGUCUCCGUCUCUCAACUAUUACAUCCACCUGAGUGUAGAGUCCUUUCCAACGAAUCAUCUCGUCUUAAAAUUUUGCGACGCUUUCUUGGCUGGUCGUUCCCACCAAGAAGGAUCCAGGGACAACAAGUCCGUUUUCAAGUCUUCUUGGUCCUUUUUGAAAUAAACAUCAAAGCUUUGCUUUGCACAUUCUGCUUUUCUUCGAAAAACGAAUAUGCCCUGUCCCUAACAAGCGCCCUAAAAGGCACUAAAAGCGGAUAAGCGCCAAAGGCGCUGAAUCGAAUCAUUACCGUAACUAAGGAGCUACAGAAAUUCUUCUCUCUGGUUUUGUUAACAUAAUAUCAAUUAGUUUAAAAUGAUUAAUGAUUAUGUAACCUCGUAUAUUUUAACCAAUAAAUAUUUCAUGAAAGUUAAUAAAGUGUAAUAUCAUGCUACUACGCUUUUCAAGAGGGAAAGGCUUUAUCGACCAAUGUCUAACUUAUCUUCUGCUUCUGCUUUUGUCUUUAUCCUUGAUUGUCCUUUGUUUUGCAGAUUAUGAUUAUGAUAUUUACCACUGAGUAAGAAACAAAUCAAUUUGGAAAAAAUUAAAAUUACAAAUUAAAAAAAAGAAACGGAAAUUUAAUUCCAUUCUGGGGCGCCGAACCCCGAUUUAACGAGACCGGGCGAUUUUGAUGCGAGCCUGGACGCCAGUUUCGUUUCCACACCGGGUUAACAAACCAAGUUUAAAAUAAACUACGGGGGCGAACAAUUAAAACCGUUCGGUAGAGUAUAACAGAAAGUUGUCAAAAAAGAAUACGAGCUUUAGUUGAACUGGUUUAUUUCUCUUUGCUUUAUUUCAGGUGUUCCAAGGAAACUCAGACCACAACAACAUCGUGAAGCAUUCACUCAGAAAUGAAUUCAAAGCCAGAUACGUUCGGUUCUAUCCUGUCACUUACGAUACCUGGCCAUGUUUGAGGGUUGAAAUAUUUGUGCUAGAAUAAUAGGUCAAGAUCUAUUCAUCCAGCAGCACUAAAACUAACAGGAAACGGUCAGUU